AUGAUUAAUGCUAAAGAUAAAUAUCCUAGUGAUGAAGGUGCUAAACCUAUGAAUCGUUUAAAAAAUCGUUAUAAAGAUGUUUUACCAUAUGAUCAAUAUCGAGUCAUUCUUGAACAAGACAACAAUUCUGAUUAUAUAAAUGCAUCGUUUGUUGAAGAUUUUUCUGGUAAUCGUCGUUAUAUUGCAGCUCAAGGACCAAUUGAUGAAUCAAUAAGUGAUUUUCUUCGAAUGAUUUGGGAAUAUCAAAUAACAUCUGUUAUAUGUACAGCUAAUGAAAUUGAAGCUGGACGAUUAAAAUUUCGUCGUUAUUGGCCUGAUGAAGAAAAACCAGUUCAAUUUGGUUCCUAUCGUGUUAGCAAAGAUGAAACAAAUGAUAAAGCAUUUAGUUGCGAACAUUAUGAAAUUCGUCCAUUAAUAAUAACUCAAGGAGAAAAUCGACGACAUAUAUUACUUUAUCAUUUUUUACAUUGGCUUGAUCAUGAUGUACCUAAUGGUGAAGCACCUAUACUUGACUUACUUUUAAGAUUAUAUGAUGAUCGAAGUCUUUCACCUGAUACACCUAUUCUUGUACAUUGCAGUGCUGGUUGUGGUCGAACUGGAAGUAUUAUUGCCAUUGAUCUUUGCCGUUUGUUAAUUCGUGAUGAGCGUUUAUUAUUAAGUAAAAAUUACCAACCUUAUCCUAUCUAUGAAAUAGCUACACAUAUUCGUCAAUUUCGUAUAGCAUUAAUUCAAACAAUUAAACAAUAUUUAUUUGUGCAUAAAAUGUUUGUAUUUAUGAUGAAAGCAAAUGGUAAUGUUUCAUUAUGUUCAUCAACAAGUAGUGAUGAAAAUCAAUCAUUACAUGUAACAUCUACAACGAAAUUAUCAUCUCCGUCCAGUACGUCGUCUUUUUCACGUCGUCCAUCGGGAUCAUUUCAAAUAAAACUAGGCAAUCCACCUGCUGGUCGACGUAUGAUAAACGGUACUAAUACUAGUAAUAAUUCAUCUUCAACAAUCUCAUCAUCAAAAUUAUCAUCACUUAAUGAUGGAACACAAAAAUUUGAAUCUCCACCGCCUAUACCACCGCGUUCAUCAUUGUUAAAUACAACAAAUAAACGUCUUGAAGGACAAUUUGUUCGUCCAGGUGAAACACCGAUAAAAACAAAACGUCAUAUUUUUCGAUCAAGAAUUCUUAAACGAAGAGAGCCAACAACAACAACAUCCAAACAUACUCGAUCUGAUUCCGCUGAUGCUCUUUCUGUUUCAUCAUCAAGAAAUCAUUGUCGAAAUUCAGCUCCUCGUCCUCAAGUUCAAGCUGAACAAGCAAUUAAUUCAGAUUAA